AUGUCGCUUUCCGUUGAUGCUUCGCCUGCUGUCUGCGAUUCCGAAGAAAGCGGCGGAGAACAUGUUCUAAAUGAUUCGCAAUUGCAAUGGGUGGACUGUGUCGAAUUGAUUGGCGGGUUUAAUACCGUGGAGCAUUUCUGGAAUGUUCUUAUGACUAAUCCAAAAAUGUCAGACUUGCCAAAUGGGACUGAUGCGUUGACAUUCAAAUCGCAUAUUGCACCAAAGUGGGAGGAUCCAAGAAAUGAGAAUGGUGGCAGAUGGUUGAUCAGUAACCUCAACAAGGAAGAUGCCGACAGCUUCAUGAAGGUUUUCAGACCCAGUGCAAGCUCAAAGAGCACCCUCGACAUGAUUCGGUACCAAUUCUCCACAACCAUCGGUGGUAGUGGCCACAUGCUCUUCAAGCCAAGCCUCACAAUUAAAACCACAAUGAGAGUCUGGAUAGAACUAGUCACUGCAUGUCUAGUGGCGUCGUCGAUUUUGAUGACACUAGGCUUCGAUUGUCUCGAAAGCCAUAUCUUUUCCGACCCAGCGACACUCGUGGUUGAGGUGGGGUUGCUAGUUAACUCGAUCGAUUUUAUUAAGAACCCUGAUGUGAGGUGA